AUGCACAUCUCCGACAUCCACAUCGACGAGCUGUACAAGCAAGGAACCGACCCGGUGUCCCAGUGCCACUCCGUGAACACCGCCAAACCGUCUGCGAAUGUCGCUGGCAAGUACGGUACCCUGGCCUCCAUUUGCGAUACCCCCAUGGCGCUCCUGAAUGCCACCUUCGACUGGAUGGCGGAGAACACCAAGGACGUCGACUUUAUCCUCUAUACCGGCGACUCGGCCCGCCACGACCGUGACAAGAAGAUGCCCAGGCAGUACCCGACGGUGACAUACGAGCACCAGUUGGUCGUCGACAAGAUCCGCAGCGUGUACGAUGUCAAGAAGGUCAAGUUCAUCCCGACCUUCGGAAACAACGAUCAGUUCGAUUACAAUAAGAUGGCGAACGACAGCGAUCCCAUCAUCGCCAGCCUCACUUCCGUCUGGGAGCCCCUCGGCCUCGGUCUCUCGACCAACAAGCAGUGGGCCAAGGGUGGUUACUUUGCGUACGAGCUCAAGGAAGGUCUCACCGUUCUCAACCUCAACUCCAUGCUCCUCUUCGCCUCCAACGUCCUCACCUCCGACUGCGCGGUCCCCAACUCCGCCGGCGGCGCGAUGCUGACCUGGAUGGAAUCCCAGCUCAAAGAGCUGCGGUUCCGCGGCAAGAAGGCCUACGUGAUGCAGCACGUACCCCCAACUUCCCAAGCCGGCAAAUCCCUCUACUUCCCCAACUGCCAAUCCCAGUACAUCAACCUCCUCGGCAAAUACGCCGACACCAUCCUCGCCUCCUUCUACGGGCACACCAACUCCGACUACCUCUCCUUCGUGUACACCAACAACACCGACAAGCCCCGCGACGGCCCGUUCUUCCUCGCCACCAUCACCGACACGGUGCCCGCCGUCGACUUUGAGAAUUCCUGCGUCCUCCACGUCAACUCCCAAGGCCCGGCGAUCAUCCCCGCCAACAACCCGGCCAUCCGCAUCUACGACUACUCCACGCACCACCGCACCUACGGCGCCCUGACCGACUACGUGCAGUACUGGUCCGACGUCGUCCGCGCCAACACCAUCGACCAGGUCGAGUACGAUGUCGAGUACCGCGCGGCGAGGACCUACGGCCUGUGGAAUCUGAGCCCGUUCAAUUGGGCCGAGGCGUUUGCCGGGUGGGCGACAAACAACACUGCGUUCCAGAACUAUGUCAGGUACCGCUUCGUGCAGAACCCGACCCCCGCGCUCGGAUAA